AUGACACAAACACCCAAAACAGCACUUAAAUUUUCUAGAUAUCGGUCUGUCAGGAACGCCGCUGAGGCAAACGUGAUCCAGAAUGCGGCAGCGCAAUCCUCCCCAGAUCCCUCGAGUCCCACCUCUUUGUUUGGAAAUGCUCAGAGUAGUCCUCCGUCCUCGGUCCCCAAGACCCGGAGUGAAUCCAUCAAGCGAAGUAUGUCAAGAUACCGACAUGCAAAACCUGGUGCAACGAAGGCUGCCAAUUCUGUGCCUCCACCUCCUCCGCUUCCUGCAGAAGUGGCAUUACCAGACGGUCAACAUACGCAGGGGGAUUUCGUGCAAGACAUUCACGAAACGAGACCGAACGAGCUCACCUCGAAAGAGGAUGCAGGAUCCACGCGGCACCAGCACCACCCAGACACAGUGCGUUCCUCCUUCGCCUCUUACCCUCAGGGGCCUGUGCAACCUCCGAGUCAGAGUUUCAAAAAUGACUCGUGGAGUGCGAGAUCGAUGGACAGCGGCGUGGAAAAUGCAAACUCAUCCACAGAAUAUUUGCCCCAAGAGAGGAACAGUAGUGUAUCCAGCAUGGAAGAUUCUCGACCCCGUCAACUCCAUACGAGUAUCGAUGUCCAGCGCUCGAAAGUACUCAGUGCAACAAAUAAAUCACAUAAUACCCCAACCAAGCCGAGCAGGCUACGCACUGUUGUAGAACCAAGAACUCAGGGUGAUCAGGACCAUGUCCAACGCAUCACGAGUGAUGAACUCGCUGCGAACAAGAGGGCCGCGGCAAAACACCACGGCCCCAAACCAAAGCAACAAUUAGGGAAAGGGAAGACCGGUGGGUUCCUGUCGAGGAUGAUGUUUUUGGAUCCUACUUCACACUCGAAGUUAAACAUCAACAGCGAUAAUCAUAAUCAUAAUAACAAUCAUCGCGAUAAACUGAAGACACUGAUCUCCUCUCCUCGGCUUAUUCGCCCUGAGGAAGUCAAGGUGACUUCUGGCAACGACGCGCCUGUUUCUGCCGUGAACGCUGGGGAAAGAAAGGUCCUCGUGACCUGCAACGACUCUUCCAUCUCCCUUCCAGUAACUCCCAAUACCCAGAUACAAGAUCUUCUAUAUUCAGCAGCAAACUGUCUCCCGGAAAACAUCGAACCACAGUCGUGUAUCCUUUUAGAAUCGUUUAAGCAGUUGGGCCUGGAGAGGCCAUUACGAAAAUAUGAGCACGCUCGUGACGUCAUGAAUUCAUGGGACACCGAUUCGCAGAACCACUUGAUAGUGUCACGGCUACCGGAUAGGCGCGAAAGGGAGGGCUUGGAUGUUAAAUCAGCACCUCGUAAGCAACCGUCAGAAUCUGUAUUCCACUUCUACCACUCCCAACGUCCGGGCAAGUGGUAUAAACGCUGGGUCACUCUGCGAGCAGAUGGUCAGGUUGUUAUUGCGAAGAAACAAGGAGGGGAAUCUGUGAAUAUCUGCCACCUGUCUGACUUUGACAUUUACUCCCUUUCCUCGCGGGAGACCGCGAAACGUGUUAAGGUCCCGAAAAAGGUAUGUUUCGCUAUCAAAAGUCAGCAGAAAUUGAGCAUGUUUUUGGCCACGGAGAAUUUCGUGCAUUACUUUGCCACGGAUGAUGAGCAGGCAGCGAUUAGGUGGUAUCAGGCUGUGCAGCAGUGGCGGAGCUGGUAUCUUGUUAAUGUUAUGGGUGAGGGAGAUAAGAAGGAGAAACAAGCGUUGAGUCCAAGUACGAGAUCUCCUCAAUCCGGAAAUAUACCAAAUGGGUCAAACGAUAUUGGGAAUUCGGAUUCUUCCAUUGGAACGUUUCAACUGCUCCUCGGCCGGGACCCUCCGUCAUGCAAGUAUGAGUCUAGCGAAAGCGACUCAGUACGAAAGGAUGCCUUUGCCAAAGCAGUAUCCAUAGCCAAACGUUCUUCCCUCCGUACUCGCUCAAGACGCCCUCAGCUAUUCUCAUCCUUCAACAAAUCUACUAAGGAGUCUAUCAGCGAAUCCGAUGCCGAACCCUUCACUUCUACAGGCCUACUGGGCAAAUCAUACUCCCAGCGCAAAAAGGCCCUUGAGGACCGCGAAAAGGAAGCUCCCCCGCUGCCCUUCACCGGCCACGGACUCCUAGGCACCCUAGCCGCUGAACCUCCCAAUUCCCCCACUUCGAGCCGCCGCAGCAGUCGCGAUUACGCGGCCCAAUCGCUUCCCACCAGCCCCAAUGGCAGCAUAAGCGCCUCCUUCAACAGAUCCAAGUUCAUCAAGCAGAAACCCAAACCCCUCGUGGACCUGACUCCCACAUACCAAGAGCCAGUCCAUCACGCGCGAAAGGGCCGUGGCGUUGCCACAGACCCAGGCCAACCCCUCGUUGAGGCCGCCACGAGCCCCGAGUUACUCCCAGGCGCAAUCGUCAUCCCCAGCGCAACCACUUGGCGCAAACCGACAGCAUCGCUCACAUCCUCUCUCUCUCAAUCUCACAGUACCUCGCCCGACAUUCCCCAUCUGUCGUCGUUUAGUCGCAGUGGUGGUGUUGGCGUCGGUGCCCGCUCCUCAACGGCCCGCAGCACUAGUGUCCGCUACCGCCAACGAGCCACUUCGGUUAAUAACCACGACUCGCCCUUCCCGCCUGUGCCGUUGCUGUCGGAGACCUCCCCGACACAACCGAACAGUCAAGGCCAGGAGCCCCUUUUCUCACCCACAGGUCUGCUGGCGCGGUCUAUCAGUACCUCGCAUGGCCACACGCCGGAAGUUGGCCAUGGGGUGGCGACGGGCGACAGGAACAAUUUUGCGAAGCCGAUGCUGGAUAUCUCCCAGGAUAGUCAGUUUGUGGAGGGGAGUUUGUUGAGGGAGGUUGAAGCUGGGGAGGUUGGGAAGGGGGUUGGGGGGAAGGUGCCUAUACCUGCACCGGUUAUUGAUAGGGGUUGA